AUGGCAUCUCUUUUCGCAAACGGUAUCUCUAGAUUUUCUCCACAAACCACUUCCGAUUCUUCCAAAGCACCAAAAGAGUUUCAUCCAAAACUCGAAUCCUUGAAAUUCCCAUCCCCCAAAACCCUAAAUCGGACUAGGGUUUUCAAAGUCAGAGCCAAAGAUGGAACUGAAUCCUCUGAUAAACUUCAACAGUAUUUCAAGAAUCAAGAUUACGUUAAGAAAUACGGAUUCACUGAACAUAUCGAUUCGCUCACAAUCCCUAACGGUUUAUCUGAAGAAACGAUUCGCUUGAUAUCGAAAUUGAAAAAGGAACCAACUUGGAUUCUUGAGUUUAGGCUCAAAGCUUAUGCUAAGUUUCUGAAAUUAGAAGAACCUAAAUGGUCAGAUAAUAGGUAUCCUUUGCUUAAUCUCCAAGAUAUGUGUUAUUACUCUGUUCCUAAAAAGAAACCAACUUUGGAUAAUCCUAAGGUUCUUGAGAUAUUUGAUAGAUUAGAUGUUCCUAUAACAAAGAAGAAAUGUUCUCCUAAGGUUGCGGUUGAUGCGGUUUUCAAUAGUGAAUCUAUAGCUAUCACUAAUAAGGAGCCUCUAGAGAAGUCAGGUGUGAUCUUUUGUUCGAUAUCCGAAGCUAUUAGGAAGUAUCCGGCUUUGAUCAAGAAGUUUUUAGGAAGAGUUGUGCCUAGUGAUGAUAAUUACUACGCGGCUUUGAAUUCCGCGGUUUUCAGCGAUGGAUCCUUCUGUUAUGUACCAAAAAACACGAGAUGUCUGAUGCCUGUUUCGAGUUAUUUCCGGAUGAACGCGAUUAAGAGUACUGGUCAAUUUGAAAGGACUUUGAUUGUUGCUGAGGAAGGGAGUUAUGUUGAGUAUUCAGAAGGAUGCACUGCUAUAUCUCAUGACAAGAAUCAGCUUCACGCUGCGGUGGUUGAGCUCUAUUGCGCGGAAGGAGCAGAGAUUAAGUACUCGACGGUGCAGAAUUGGUAUGCAGGGGAUGAACAAGGUAAAGGCGGGAUUUACAACUUUGUCACAAAGCGCGGUCUUUGCGCUGGGGAUCGUUCCAAGAUAUCAUGGACUCAGGUUGAGAAGGGGUCGGCGAUAACUUGGAAGUACCCGAGCGUGGUUUUAGAAGGCGAUGAUUCCGUUGGCGAGUUUUACUCUGUUGCAUUGACUAAUAACUAUCAGCAAGCUGAUACAGGGACCAAGAUGAUUCACAAAGGAAAGAAUACGAAAAGUAGAAUCAUUUCAAAAGGAAUUUCAGCUGGGCGGUCAAGAAACUGUUACCGCGGUCUUGUUCAGGUUCAAUCGAGAGCCGAGAAUGCUAAAAAUACUUCCACUUGCGACUCAAUGCUUAUCGGUGACAAUGCAGCCGCUAAUACUUAUCCUUACAUACAGGUAAAGAAUCCAUCGGCGAGAGUAGAGCACGAAGCAAGUACUUCAAAGAUUGGAGAUGAUCAGAUUUUCUAUUUCCAGCAGAGAGGAAUCGAUCACGAGAGAGCAUUAGCAGCAAUGAUCUCUGGAUUCUGCAGAGAUGUUUUCACCAAGUUGCCUAAUGAAUUUGGAGCUGAAGUUAAUCAGCUUUUGAGCAUUAAGCUUGAAGGAUCAGUGGGUUAAACAAAUCUCACAAUUACAGAACAUUAAAGAUAGAAAAAGUCUUUGUGCUUCUCAAUAAAGCUUU